AUGAAAACUACAAUAAUUGUUUUAAUAUUUUGCUUCGUAGCUGCUGCUUUUGCAGAUCUUUACGACACUAAAUACGACAACAUUAAUUUGGACGAUAUUUUAAAAAAUGAAAAACUAUUGGAUGUUUACACGAGUUGUUUGUUGGACAAAGGGCCUUGCAACACCAAAGAAGCUAAGUUUUUGAAAGAGGUUUUACCAGAAGCUUUAAUAAAUGAGUGUAAAAAAUGUAGCCAAAAACAAAUGGAUGGUUCCAAAAAAGUAAUCGAAUUUUUGUACCGUAAUAAGACUGCCAUUUGGAAGGAACUUACAGCCAAAUACGAUCCACUGGGAACUUAUCAGAAAAACCACCAGGCAGAAUUCGAUAAAUUAAAUCAAUAA